AUAGCUAAUAGAGAUACUCCAGUUGGAAACUAUUCAGGAGUUUUGAAUCUUUUGGAGACUAGAAACCUUGUUGUGAAAGAAGAAAGCAACCAAGAGAAUCUUUUAUGGCAGAGUUUUGAUCUUCCUGGGGACAAUUUGUUGCUUGGGAUUAGACUUCGAAGAUGCAUUGUAAAUGGUAGCUUUACAUCUUUGACAUAUUGGAGAGACACAGAAGAUCCUACUAGAGAUGUCCCAAGACGUCAGAAUGGACGGCGGCGACAAGAAGAAAUUAGGGAUGACGAAGAAAGUAAGGAUGGAGAAGAAGUUAUGGACAGAGAAGAAGUUAGGGAAGGAAAAGAAAUUAAGGAAAGAGAAGAAGAAGGAGAAGAAGUUAAGGAAGAAGAAGUUUUGGAUGGAGAAGAAGUUAAGGAUAAAGAAGAAAGUAUGGAUGGGGAAGAAGUUUGGGAUGGAGAAAUAGUUUGGAAUGGAGAAGAAUCUAAGCAUGGAGAAGAAAUUAAGGAGGACGAAGUUAAGGAAGGAGAAGAACUUUUGGAGGGAUAG